AUGUUAAGAGGAGGAGGAGCAUGUGCCAAUUCGCGUCAACAACAAUCUUUGUAAAUGAGUACUCUACUCAUUUCGAACCAAUUUGAGAACAUACUCUCUACUAAUAUAUAGUACAUCUCAAAAAAUGCCGAGGAUACAUAAAACAAUUAUAAAGAAUUACAUUCUAGUCUCUAAGCAUUAUUAUCACUUGAUUAUGAAUUAAACAAUCUAAUAAAGUCCUAAAAUUAGCUUAAUAAGCAAAUUGCCAAUCUAGAGAAAAGUCUUUAGACUAUUUUAGAAUCGUGCCUUUAGCUUAAAAAUCCUUAACUUCGAUACUAUGCGGUGAAAUUUGCCGAAAAACUUUCUAGAACUAUCUUUUGGCAUUACUGUUCAGCAAAAUCGAUUAAAGAUGGUAUGUAACAAAGCUAUAUCAAUACUUUUAAUAAAAUUGAAGCACUCAAUAACACAGAAGAAGGAUUUUACAAAAAUUUAACUGAAUAUGAAAUCACUAUAUCUAAAAUGAUUUUUACUAUAUUACCUAACGAUUUUCAAGAGGGGCUGGAAGUCAUUGCUCUAUUUAGUAGUAUUAAUCAAAUUUUAAUGAAUGCUUUGCCUAAAACAAUAAGAGAAACAAUUAAAGGAGGCAUAGUAUAAUCAAUAAGAGAUGCCACAAAAGUAUAAUAUCGUAAAAUCUACAAAUAAAUCUUUAAUAUUGAUAUUAUGAAGUGGUGGGUCCUCUCAGAACUUAAAUAAACUACACAUACAAUCAAAGAGAUUAUUAAUGAAUUGCAAGAAUUUCAUAAAGAAUUAUAAAAAUCAGAUUAUUAUGUUUAAUAAGCUUGGAUUAUAGCUAUAAGUGAAAUUGUAUCUUAUACACCUAGUCUUUCAGAAGAUUAAUUGUCAAUGGAGUAAUCAGACAUAUAAGUCCUUAUUGAUAUAUCCUGCUUAAAUAAAAUCAAAGAUGAAUAUAGAAUCAGUAUCAAUUUAGCAAAACUAAAAUGUACUUAAUGUUAAGGGCUUUAUGAAAAGCUACCUACAUUAACUAUCCUAUAAUAAAUAUAAGAAUAAGUAAUUUCAAGAGAUAGGUUUUUUAAUAUUCUUUAUGAUAAUAAAGAGGAAAUAAAAGAGUAAUAUAAAUAAGAAACAACUGUUAAAACUAUUUUUGAAUAUUUAUUUACUUUAUUUAUAGAUUGUGAUAUUGAAAUCAAUAUUGAUCUAAUACGAAAAGUUAAUUAACAAUAUAUUGAACUUAAUGAAAAUAUUUAAUUAAUUAAAUAAAUAAGCUUAAAUAAAUGGAUUAGAAUGCUUGAAUCAAAAUAAUUUACAGAUCCAGUAGUAUUUGGUGAAUUUGAAUAAAAAUAAAAAUAAAUUAAGCAUUUAAUUAAUAAAGUAAAAGGGAUCUAAAGAUUUCUUAUUUAAUUGGAUUUCAUUUUUUCUUAAUGGAAUCUUUUAGAAUAAAUUACUGAAUCAGAUUAAAAAUAAUAAACAUAAUAGGCAGUAUUUUAAGAAAAUAAGCAAAAUUAAAUUAAUUGUCAAUAAAUAAGUUAACUUAAUUUAGAAAAUUUAAAAGAAUUGCUUUUAUUAAAUAUUAAUUUUGAUGUAUAUUUUGCAAUAUUAACUGAAUUUAUUGAAAGACAAUACACAGCUGUAUUUCAAGUUAUUUAAACUACUUAAUCAACAGAUCCUGUAUUAUAAUUAUAUAAAUAAUAUAAAGAUGUUUAGGAUAUUGUUUAAUCAAGUUUUCGUAAAGUAAAUGAUAAAAUAUUAUAAUUUAAAGAAAUAUUUAUACAUAUUUCUGAAAAAUUGAAAUAAAUUGAAUAUAAUUGUAUAUUGAAGUUUUAUCAUGUCUCAUUGAAAUUAUAACAUUUAGAUUUACCAAAUCAAUAAUUUGAAUUUAGAAAUUCAGAUCAUUAAACUCUUUUCUUUAUAUAAAAUUAUGAAAAAUAAAUUUUAAAAGCUUAAUUGAUUGAAUUGCAUAAAGAAUUUAAAGAAUUUGUUGCUAGUAGUUAAUUUUAAGAUUAUGAUUAAGCCAAAAUCUAUUUAUAAACUAUUUAAUAAAUUUGUAAAUUUAUGGAAAGUUUAUUACAUUAAAACAAAAAACUAUUCUAACAUUUACAUAAUUUUAAGUAAUCUAUAUAAAUUGAAUCUGCUCAUGGAAAAUUCAAUGAUUUACUUAAUUUUUGGACUAUGAUUUUGUAAAUAACAACAGAACUUGAUUAAUAAUAAUAAUUUGAUUAAGCUGUAUUCCUUGUCAAAUUUGAUUAAUUAUAACUUAAAUAUGAUUAAAUACUAAAUCUUAAUCAAUAGAUUAGAUGGCCAUUUAAUUAAUAUUUGACAUAAUACUUUAAAAUGCUUACUCAAUUAGAAACAAUUUUCUAAGAAUUAAAAACAUUUAAAACAUAUGAUGCUACUUCUGAUCCUAAUACAUAAAAUAGAUAUGAUAGUUUAAGAUUAAAUCUUAAAUAAAUAUGUCAAAGCUAAAUUUAAAGAAUUAAAUCAACUCUUGAAUAAUAUAAUUAAGGAGUUGAUCAAUUAUAAAAUAAAUUAGAUAAUUAAAAUCAUUUAUCAAUUGAAGAUCUAUUAAAUUAAUUAGUUAAUAUGUAAGAGGCUUUAGAUGAUACUUUAAAUUUAAUAUAAACAAGACUUUCAUAACCUUAAGCCUAAUAAAAUGUUGGAUCUUUAAAUUUAAUAUAAAAUUAAAGAUUAGCAGAUUUCGAAAAUCUAUAUAAUUAUAAAAUUAAUACAGAUAUAAUUGUAGUAGCAUCAUAUAUAAAAUUUAAUUAUAAUUUCAUAGAAUAGAAUGCAAUAAUGGAAUCAUUAAGAAUAGAUUUGAAUGAUGAUAAAAAUUAACAUGUUGUUUAAUCAGGAAUCAUUUCUCCACCUAUUAGAAUUGUUAUGAUAAUCAAUUUAAUAAAUAUUUGGAAUUGUUGUUUAGGAUAGGAAGAGUAUGAUAUAAUAAGUAAAUUGAUAUUAUAAAUGCGUUUAAAUGAAUCAAAUCAAAUGAUUAAAAAAGAAAUUAAAACAACUUAUAAAAAAGAAUUUGGAUAUAUUAUAGAUAAUAUAUUUUAAAAUCUAUUACCAACUAUUGAAGAUGAUUUAAGAUAGAAAAUUAAAGAAAGGAAUUAAUUAUCUUUUUAAAUUAAGUAUGAACCAUCUUUUGAAAAAUCAUAAAAUUUAAAUGAAAAACUCAACGAUCAUUCUAAUUAAAUUUCAACUAUAUUUUUAAACUUAUAAGAAUUAGAAUAAGAAUAUAAUUAUCAAAUAUCCUUUUAUGAUUAAUUAAUGAAUGAAUUCAAAAAAGCAGAUUAAAGUACUUCAACCUUAGAUGUUUCAGAGAUUAAGUUUUAUUAAGGAAAGCAAUUAACUGAAUUAUUUCUAUUGAGAAUGGAUUAUGUUUCAAGAAUGAUUAAGAUUUAAUAAGUGAGGAAUACUUAUGUUGAAUUAGAAUGUUAAAAGAAAAAUGAAAUUAAAAAAUUAUUAUCAAAAAAGGAGAAUAAAAAUGGUAUUAUAGAUAAAUUUUUAGAGGAUUAAUAAUAAAAUUAAUUGUUAGUUUUAUAAGGAGAAGCUGGUUCUGGUAAAAGUUUAGCUAUUAAAAUGAUUGAAGAAUCUGUUUGGAAACGAAAUGAUGCUAUUAAAAUUAUACCUAUUAUAAUAAAAUUGUCUGAAUUGAAGGAUCCAAUUCAUAAUGCAAUAACAGAAACUUUAAGAUCUUUAAAUUAUAAAUUUGACAUGUCUCAAAUAGAACAAUUAUAAAAAGAUGUAAAUUCAAAUAAAAUGCAGAUGUUGUUCAUUUUUGAAGAAUAUGACAAACUUAGUUAAGAUCAAAUAGGAAUCAAUCUAUUUAAAUCUAAUAAUCUUAAUCAAUGGAAAACACCAUCAUUAUUGAAAACUCCUAAAUAUAUUAUUGCAACAAGAAGUGAAUUAUUUAAAUAUUCAAAUCAUCUUAGAUGGAUAGAUAAUAAUGAAGUUGAUUAUAAUUAUUAAAAUUAUUGGAAUCUUAAAAUAAUGCCAUUUAAUAUGGAUUAAAAAAAUUAAUUUCUUAUUAAAUUUUAAGAAUUAAUAAUAAGAAAUACAGUAAUAGAUUUUUAUUAGAUAAUGUGUGAAUUUGAACAUCCUGAUCUAUUGAUAUAGAAUUUUAUAUUGUUAUGGAAGAAAAUUGAUAUCAAUUUUAAUGAAUUAAGUAUGGAAAGUUCACUAAUAUCAUAACCAAUUAUAACUAAGAUUAUAAAUGCUUUGAAACAAGAACCUAAAAUUAAAAAUGGUAGUGAAAUUGCUAUUCAAUAAUUAUAAAAGUCUUUAGAGUAAUUAAAAUCAAGUUAUUAUUAUUAAAGAAUGUUAGAAUAAUUAAAUCUUUAAUAACCUAUUAAUAAUCCAUAAAUUUUGAAUGUUUUUAUUUCAGCAUUACCUAAAUUAUUGUAAAAUAUGUCAGAUCCAUAAAGAAUUAAGAAGGAAUAUUUUGAUAUUUAUUUUAAUGAUACUUAUGCUAUUAAUUGUGAUAUAAAAUUAUGUUAAUCUCAAAUUGAAAAAGAUUGGGAUCAAUUAGUCAAUAGUUAAUUCUUUAAAUUUUAUAAAGCAGAUGAACCUAUCACAAAGAUUUAAAUAUUAUUAGCAUAAAAUUUUGGUGAGGAUUAACAAUUUUAAAAUAAAGUCUUAAGAAUCUUUGAAAAAAUGAAUGUAACUCAUUAUGAUUUAUAUGAGUAAUAUCUAACAAAUUUCUUUGAUACUGCAUUAAUUCAUGUAUAAAUAAGUCAAAAUAGUAUUGAUUUAGAAGCAUUUUAAUAAGAAUAAUGGAAUUUCUGUUUGAAAUUGGCAUAAAAGUUAUCAUAACAUGAAAUUUUUACUAUACAUUUUAAUAGAUAAGGUUCAUUAAUAAAAGUAGGUGGAUCUGUAACUGAAUGGGAAGAGUAUUUCAAUGAUGAUGAAUAUAUUUCAUAAAAUAACAAAUUUUCAAAAAAAUUACUAAGGAAUUCAAUACCAUUAAGAGAGUAAUUUUCAAUAUAUGCUUUUGAGAAUAAAAUCAUUUAAGAAUUUUUAGUAGCCAAAGCCAUCGUUACUUAAUUAGAAGCAUUAGAAUACUAAUCAAUUGAUGAAGUUAUGUCAAAUAGUAUUCUUAUGUUUAAGACUAUUUCUAAUUAAUUUUUUUAAGGAACAGUCAACUUUUUAGUUCAAAAAUGUAGAAGAAGAUUUAGUCUUAAAUAAUAAUUAAUUUCAUUAAUUAGAUCAUCAGCUUAAGGUUAAUAAUAUUGUAUUUUAGCAUCAAAUGCUCUUUACUUAUUAUAAAGUAUUGAUGGAGUCAUUAAAGGUCUAGAUUUACAAAAUAUUAGAUUAAAAGAUAUUCCUAUUGAUAAUUGUCAUUUUUAUAAUUGCAAUCUUUAAGGAUCAGAGUGGACAAAUAUAUCUGUAAAUUCUCUUACAUUAAUGAAGAAUAAUAUGAAAAAUAUGAAAUGUUAAAAUUUCAAAUUAAGCACUUAUUCAAUAAAAAAUACUGUAUCUAAUCCUAAAUUCAUUAGAUAAUUUAAAUCUGGAAAAUCAUUCCUAAUAAAUGAAAAUAGUAUUUAGAAUUUAAAAGGAGGUACUAUUAUUCAAGGGUAAUUUGACAAUUGUUCAAUAGAUGAAAUAAAAAAUAGAUUUUAUGUUAAAACAAAUUUAUCUGUUUAUGCAUUAUAUGAAUAGAAUGAUUAGAUAAUGGCUGAAGAGUUAAAAAUUCCAAAUGUUCAUUCAAUUUCAGAAUUUGAUUAAUUUAUUAUGCUAUUUUAAUUAAAGAGUGAUGUUGAUGCAACAAUAUUUGAAUUGAAUGUAAAAACAAAUGAAAUUAGAUAUUAAAUACCAAUUGAUUAAAGUAUUGUUACACUUUACAAUAUUAAAAAGUACUUUUAAAUGUAUGGUAAUUAGAUUCUAUUUUAAACAAAUACUUAAUAAGUUUCAAGUAUGCAUUAUUAAAUAGAAAAUGAUUAAUUAUAAUUUGACAAUUUAACAAAUUAUGUAUCUAUAAAUAAUAAUGAUCAAAUAGUUGCUAUAAAUUAUUAUAAUAAUUUGGAUAUAACAGUUGUAUCAUUUAAAGAAUAAGAUUCAAAUUAAAUUUAUGAUAUAAUUUAUGGAUCAAUAAAUUAAUUGAUUGGUAGAUUCAUAAUAUUAGAAAAUUAAAAAAAUGAAUUCUUUUAUUUGAAAAAUAAUAAAUUAUAAUUAAUAAAUUAAGAAACAUUUAAAAUGAUAAAUGAAUGUGAAAUAAUUAAUGUAAAAUCAUAAUUAUUACAUAAUUAUUGUACUAAAAUAGAUGAUACUGUAUUACUAUCUUUUAUUGAUUCUAUUGUAAUAUUGAGUCUUCGUCCAUUUGAAGUUAUUAAAUUUAUAUAAGUUGAUGCAAUUGAUUUAUUAGUAAAUUUAUAAACAAAUCAAUUGUAAAUAUUGACUAAUACUGAAAUUAUAAAUUAUGAUCUAAAAUAUUUAGAAGAUAGAUAAAAUUAAAUUAAGAAUUUUAAUUAUUAGUUUGAAGAAAUAGUAUUUUAAUAGACUUCUCCUAAUUUUUUGGGUAGAAUUAGAUAUACAAAUGAGAUUGUAUUAGCAAUAUUUUAAAAGAAAGAUUUUGAAUUUAGAGUAUUAACAAAAUCAAAUAGUCCUAGAUUUUAUUUAAGUAAUGAUUCAAAUUCAGCUAUAAUUUGUGAAGAUGAUUGUACAGUUCAUUUUGAUUUAAAAACAAAUAAGUAAAUUAGAAUUGUAAAUUUAUAAUAUGAAAAAAUUUUAUGGAUAAAAGAUAAUUCAAAUUUGUUUUAUAUUCAAUCUGGAUUUAUUGAAGAGUAUAGAAAUUCUGUUAUUACAAUAAAAAAUAAAAUUGUUAGUAAAUAAUCAUAUAGAUCAAUUAAAAAAGUUUAGAGUACUGAAAAUAAGUUGUAUAUUACAACAACUACAAAUGAUACUAUAGUAAUAAAUGAAUAAUUUGUUUAAGAUUUCAUUACAACAAAAUAAAUGAUUAAGAAAUAUAGAGAACAUUAUAUAACUGAAAAUGAUUUAAGAUAUGAAAGUAAGAUUAGGAACACAAUUACAAUAAAUUAUUAGACCAAUAAUAGAAUAAAAGAUUUUUGGAUAUUUUCAGAAACAAUUUUAAUUAAAGAAUAAAUUGAUAAUAGUGAUAUGGGAUAUUUAGUAUUAUUAGAUAAAUAAAAUUAUAAAAUAAUAAGUGAAAUCUUGGUUUAAAUCGAUUUUAUUGCUUAUACAGAAGAUGCAAUUUAAAUCAUUUCAAAUAGAUUAAUUUGGCUAACAUAUUCAGCAUUUGAUUUAUAAUUAUUGCAAACCAAUAUAUUAAAUGUAAAUACUAUGUUUGUUGCUUCAAAUCACUUUAAUUAAUUGAUGAUUAUUUCAUAAUAUUCUGAAAUAACUAUUUGGAAUACAAUCACUUAUGUUAUAGAUCACUAUUAGAAAAAUGUUGAAUUGAUUUAAUAUAUAAAAAUGAUACCAGGAAAUUAAAAUGAAUAUUAUAUUGCAGAUAGAGAUGUCUUAAAAUUAUAUAUUUAACAUUAAAUUUGCUUUUCAAUUCAAUUAAGUAAAAAGAGAAUAGAUUUAAUCACAAAUAAAUAUGGAGUACAUCAUUAUAUUUAUUAAGUUGAAGAUGAUAAAGUCAUAUUAAACUGUAUGAGUGAAGAUAACAAACUUAUAUUUUGGAAAAAAAUAGUUUUUGAAUUAGAUUCAAUAAGAGAAUAGAUUGAUUGCUAUGAUAAUAGAGAUAGUAGAUUAGUAUUUUUUGGAGGAUCUAAAUUAUAAUAAGUUUAAUUGGAUGCAUUUGAUGAUAUAAAGGUUCUUGAUAUUCCAGCUAAUUUUAAGGGAGUUCAAAUUAAAUAUAAUAGGGAUUGUUCAACAAUAUAUUUUAGAUCAAAUGAAAAGAUCUUAGUUAUUGAAGCUAUGACUAUGAAUCUAAUUAAUUAGGUUAUUCUAAUGGAAAUCUUGCCUUAACCAUUUGACUUUAAUUCUUAAUUAGAUAUGUAUUGCUAAAAUUAAAAUAACAUUAUAAUCUAAUAAGAGAAGAAUGGUUAUCAUUAUAUUUAUAACUAUAAUUAAUAAGCUGCUUCUGGUUAAUUGGAUUUAGUUACUAUAGGUAAUUAUAAUCACUUUAUUGGUACAAAUUCAUAUGGAUUACUCAUUGUUGAUGGUUAAACUGGAAUUAUUGAAUUAUUUUUACCUAGAAUAAUUAAUCCUAAAAAUAACUUUGUUUCCUAUAUUAGAUAACAAUAAUUCAAUAAAUCUAAUAUAGUUCAAUGCCAAAUUUGUGACAAUUUAUUAGAAAAUUGCCAAAUUAUAUCAAAUAAUGGUGAGAAUAUUGGUGAAUUAUGGAAGAAGGGAGAAUAGGUUGAUUUAUUGAUAUCGUUUUGAG